UAGGGCAAAAUAGCGAGGGAACAGGAGCAUGUGGAACGCGGUGUGGAUACUCCUGCUCACCACGUACCCACCGGUGCUCUCCUUCUCGUUUGCUGGGGUUGCACUCCAAAGCAACAAGGCAGGGGUUCGGAGAGCGGCGCCGAGGGUUUUGGUCGAGACGGCCGCGUCGUCUGCGGAGGCCGGGCCGCCUCCACCGAUCGGCGGCGACCUUCCUGCGAAUGACGGGAGCGCGGCGGCGGAACUCGUGACCUCUCUGCUGGGGAAGAUCGAGGGCACGAACAGAGGAGUGGACUGCACGCCCGAACAACAGAAGGAGAUUGAUGGAAUCAUCGACCAGCUCAACACCUUGGGCGCGGACAAAGACUGGUUGAACGACAGUCGCGUCUUCGGCAACUACAACGUCGCCUACGUGAGCUCGGGCCCCUCGCAGCGGGGCAACCCAGCGGGAGGCCGUUGGAGGGGCCGGGUAGGCCGCUCCCUAUUCAGGCAAGCGACGGAGGAGAUGUUCCAGCACCUCGUGGAGCCUGCCACGGCGGUUAACAUGGUCGUCUUCAGGGCGUUCGGACUGCUCAAGGGGUGCGUCACCUUGCGAGGCGACUUUAAGGCAAUUCCGGACAAGCCUAACUUUGUCAAGGCUUCCUUUGGGCCGCCGCUGAUAAACUUCCUGGGUAAACACGGCCUGACGAUUCGGUCGGGGCCCAAGAGCAGCGUAAGGCUUGCGGCAACCUACGUGGAUGAGAGGGACCGAUCACCGAUGGCCAAUCGUUCCUUCCUACUUUGCCAA